GGACCCGGGACAGCACCGAGCCCGACCGCGCCGCUGCGAUGUGGGCGCUCAUUAUCUUCGGGGUGCUGAGCCGCCUGCCCGGCUGCGGAGCCCGAUCGCACUCUCUGCACUAUGCCUACUCCAUUGUGUCUGGGCCAGCUCCAGGAGUCCCUAUGUUUUUUGGCAAUGGCUUCAUAGAUGACCAGCCCUUCAUCCGCUUCGACAGUAAGACCAUGAAGGCAGAGCCUUGUGUGGACUGGCUGAAGGAAAAGCCAAGUUACUUUAUUGAUGAGACACAGAUUUUCACCAGUUGGAUGAAGAUUUUCCAGUUGAGCCUGAGGAACGUGGGGCAGUAUUACAACAGCUCUGAGCCUAACACGCGGAGGCAGAGAGCAGAGCCAGCAGGCCCCCACACCCUCCAGUUCACCUAUGGCUGCGAGAUUCAGGAUGACAGCAGCACCUCAGGGCACUGGCAGUAUGGCUACAAUGGCAGAGACUACCUGACCCUGGAUUUGGACUCCAUGCAAUACGUAGCAUCCACAUUCAUCGCUGGCUACACCAGGCGGAAGUGGGAAAACACCAGGUCCUGGAUCCAGAAAGACAAGGACUAUUUGGAACGGGAAUGCAUUGAAUGGCUUUACAGAUACUUGGAGCGUGGAGGGGAGAAGUUGACACGAACUGAUCCUCCCCAUACAACAGUGACCCACCACCCCAGGCCUGAAGGAGACGUCACCCUGAGGUGCUGGGCCCUGGGCUUCUACCCUGCUGACAUCACCCUGACCUGGCAGAAGGAUGGGGAGGACCUGACCCAGGACAUGGAGCUUGUGGAGACCAGACCUGCAGGGGAUGGAAACUUCCAGAAGUGGGCAGCUGUGGUGGUGCCUUCUGGAGAGGAGCAGAGAUACACAUGCCAUGUGCAGCAUGAGGGGCUGCCUGAGCCCCUCACCCUGAGAUGGGAGCCUCCUCAGCCCACCAUCCCCACCAUAGGAGCAUGUGCCAGGGACAGCCCAUGUGGACAUGGAGUGCCUACCUUUUGGGGUGUCCUGUUCCUUUUACCUGUCCUGAUGGUUAUGCUUUGUCAAGUUUUCAUCAUCUGGAGAUGUAAGGUCAGACAGUGACAGUCUGUUCUCCAUCCUUCUUCAGGGGCCUUCCCACCUCACUGAAGCUCGCAAGCACCAAAAGCAAAAGCUGCUGCUGUCACCAAGUCAGAAGCCACAACGGCUCUCGGGGAAGUAGAGUCAUCUUUCCCAUAUUCCGCUGAUUAAUAACAAAGCACCUGUCCCAGCCUGGGGGUUCAGCAGGUUUCACUGCUUGCCAUGCAAAAAAAUCACAGCUAGCCUGUACAUUUGCCGUGCAGGAGAAUCGAGGACAGUGGCUAAAGCCUUUGCUGCACAAGUGUGAGAACUAAAGUUCAAAUCUGCAGAACCAGGGCUGGAGAGAUGGCUCAGCAGUUAAGAACACUGACUGUUCUUGCAGAAGACCCAGGUUCGAAUCCCA